AUGCUUUUCUCACUAGCAAAUGCUCCGUUCAUCGCUCUCGGUCUACUGGCUGCAUACUUCCUGUUGCCGUACUUGCAAAACUGGCAUCUGAGGGGUAUUCCUAGCCCGGGAUUCGCGGGUUUCACCAACCUCUGGCUGCUGCUUCAGGCACGACAGGGAAAGCGUUAUUUGUCCGUUGAUGAAGCGCACAAGAAGUAUGGCAAGGUUGUGCGUAUUGCACCUAAGCAUGUCUCUGUCGCCGACGAUGCUGCCAUUCAGACCAUCUAUGGACACGGAAACGGGUUCUUGAAGGCUGACUUUUAUGAUGCAUUUGUCUCCAUUCGUCGGGGGUUGUUCAAUACUCGUAACCGUGCUGAACAUACCCGUAAGCGGAAGAUUGUCUCUCACACUUUCAGUGCCAAGUCUAUUGGUCAGUUUGAGCAGUACAUCCACGCCAACCUUGAGCUCUUUGUCGAGCAGUGGAACAAGAUUGCCACUUUACAGACCAACCCAAAGACUGGCUACGCCAGCAUAGAUGCGUUGAACUGGUUCAAUUACCUCGCUUUUGACAUCAUUGGUGACUUGGCCUUUGGCGCUCCCUUUGGUAUGCUUAAGAACGGCAAGGAUAUUGCUGAGAUGCGCAAGGGCCCUGAUGAACCUCCCAAGUAUGUUGCUGCUGUUGAAGUGCUGAACCGUCGUGGUGAGGUCUCCGCCACGCUGGGCUGUUUGCCAGCUCUGAAGCCCUGGGCUAAGUGGAUUCCCGACCGUUUCUUCACCGAGGGACUUGCGGCUGUGGAGAACCUUGCUGGUAUUGCUAUUGCCCGGGUCAACGAGCGUGUGAAGCCCGAGGUUGUUGAGAAGAACACCCGUGUUGAUCUCCUGGCUCAUCUCAUGGAGGGCAAGGACGAGACUGGUGAGAAGUUGGGCCUUGAGGAGCUUACCGCGGAGGCGUUGACGCAGCUCAUCGCCGGCUCCGACACAACCUCUAACACUUCUUGUGCUAUCCUAUACUGGUGCAUCCAGACCCCUGGUGUUAUCGAGAAGCUUCAGAAAGUUCUAGACGAGGCAAUUCCUAAGGAUGUUGAUGUUCCCUCUCACGCUAUGGUCAGGGAUAUCCCCUACCUCCAAUGGGUUAUCUCGGAAACCAUGCGAAUCCACAGCACAUCUGCUAUGGGUCUUGCGCGUGAGAUUCCCGAAGGCACCAAACCCAUCGUUAUCGCUGGUCAAACAUUCUACCCUGGCGACGUCCUAUCAGUGCCUAGCUACACGGUCCACCGUUCAACCGAAAUUUGGGGCCAGGAUGCCGAGGAAUUUGUUCCAGAGCGCUGGGAGCAUCUUACCGCUCGUCAGAAAGCCGCGUUCAUCCCUUUCAGCCACGGCCCGCGUGCCUGUGUCGGCCGUAACGUCGCUGAAAUGGAACUGCUCUGCAUUGUUGCUACUGUCUUCAGCUUGUUCGAGUUCCAGCUUGAACAGGAGGGAGAGAUGGAGACCAGUGAGGGUUUCCUGCGCAAGCCACUUGGUUUGCAGGUUGGAUUGCGUCGCCGUGUCCGAGCUUAG